AUGUUGCUCGAAAACACAACACGAGCUGUGGACAUUGUGAAGUCAAUCAGUAAUGACAUAAAGGGUAUCCAGUUCGCAACAGCUAAAAUGCAAGAAGGCGUGCAGAAUCUUUACACGACCGUGCUCAAUGCCAAUCAGACAACAGUGCUCGACCGACUCCGCAUUGCCAAAGGCGCUUCAUUUGACUCCUAUGCUCAGGAACACACUUCUUUCUGCUUGCCUAAUACGCGAGUGGAACUUCUCCAGCAGAUCAUCGACUGGGCGAAGGACGCAAGCGGAGAGCCUGUUUUCUGGCUAAACGGAAUGGCUGGAACAGGGAAGUCAACAAUUUCCCGCACCGUGGCGCGGUUAUUGGCAGAUGAAGGUCGACUUGGCGCCUCAUUCUUUUUCAAGAACGGCGAGGCUGAUCGAGGGACUCUUUCCAAGUUCUUUACGACGAUUGCGGCAGACUUGGCUGUGAGGAAACCAUAUGUUGCUUCGCGUAUCAAGGAUAUACUUGAUGCCGAUCCUUCAAUCACAACAAAGAACGCUGGCGAGCAAUUUGAUAAACUUCUACUACAACCGCUCCUAAAAACUGCCACAGAGGAAACGCCUAUAGCAUUUAUCAUUGAUGCAUUAGAUGAAUGCGAACGAGAUGACGACGUUCGGCUCCUUCUUCGCCUUUUUACGCGAUUUAAGACUGAGCUGCCUCGACAGAUGAGGAUAUUUCUGACUAGUCGACCGGAGUUACCAAUUCGUUGCGCCUUCCAGAAAAUUCAAGGCACAUACCAGGGCGCCAUUUUACACGAAGUCCCUCAACCUAUGGUUGCGCGUGAUAUAUCUCUGUUUCUUAAACAUGAGCUAGCGAGGAUUCGCGAAGACUAUAACGACUCGAGGCGUUGGCCCUCAUUGGGAGAGUUUCAGAGAGCCUUGGGCUUCUCCGAAAACUACAGUCACGAUUUCAGGGCAAAGAUAGCUCCGACGUCUCAUAUUUGCUCGAAGACGCCGUUCGAUUCAUACAGACACACAUGUCAGCACUCAAUAUAG